CCAUUGGAACUUAGACCAUCAAUGUAAAAUUCCCAAAAUACCCCCACUACAUACAAUUAAUUUCAAACCACCCCACACACGUUACAAGUCUCAUUGUGCCAUUUAUUUUUAAUUCCUAGGAAAUAUAUUAGCCUUCGCUUCUCUCUCUCUCUCUCUACAUCUCUCUCAUCUUUCUCUCUCCUCUCCUCUACUACUAAUUAAUUUCGAUUUUACCCUACCAAUUUCUUCGUAUACCCUCUUAUUAUCUCUCGUCUCUCGCUCAUCCAAUUUCCCUUUUAUUAUUUUUUUAUAAAUAAAUAAUAAAAUCUGGUCACUCACACAUACCAUCAAUCUCCAAGAAUUCCCCUUGGUACUUUUUUUUAUCAAAUCCAUAGUCAAAUUCACAGAAAAAAAAAAAAAUUGACACACCAUUUUACCCAAAUCAGCCCAGAAAAAAAUCGUUGAUCCCCCACAGUUCAUAAGGUACAUUACCUACAAUUAAAUUGUCUGCUGUCUGUAAUUUUAUCUUUGGCCUGUAUUUGUCUAUACAUAACUAUAUGUAUCUAUAUAUCUCUAUGUGUCACAUAUAUUUCAUGGCAGCAUUUGUGUAGCACUACCAUGACCUAGUAGAGUUCUUUCUCUCUCUCUAAAAAGCCCCAAUUAAAUAAGACAAACUGAAUCAAAUCUGUUUCUUAGGUUAAUUUCAAUUGGUUUUCUGGUAAUGAUUUUCACAUUUCAAUUGAUUGUAAUUUGUAACCCUAGAUGUUUGUUAGCCAUGGGUUUUCAUUGCGUUUGGGUUUAUCUCUGAAUAAUUACAUGAUGGGAUUUUUUUAUAUUUAAUUUCAAAUUGAGAUAGGGUUUUAAACAUUUUCAAUUUUAAUUAGGGUUUCAAAUUUCAAUUUGAGGGUUUUUUUUUUCUUUUCAAUUUUGGGAAAUUAUAAACCCUUCAAAGGACAUGCAUUGAUUACGAUUUUCCUACAAGGGGAUCGCCGUUCGUCGUAGCGCAGGCUGCAGAAUCCGCAUUUAAUUUAUUGCACAGAACAUUUUUUUCGUGGUAAAGCGGGCGUGAUUAUCGAAGAUUCUUGUCACUUUUUUUCCAGAUUUAAGUUUGGCUUAAGCUGCCAUUAAAUUUAGCGUUGAAUGAUGGAAACGCUUCCAUGUUCUGGUGCUCGUCGCAUUGAAGAAUCUGAUGCAGAACCAGUCAGAAGCGAUCUCAAAGUCGAUGAUUUAAUAACAAUUGACGUUGGAGAAUCCCAUGAUGUAAGAGAGGGUGAAGGUCACUUGAUUUUCGAGGGUUUCCCUGCUCUAGAAGAAAACUCUAAUGUGGAUGCGUACGAUGAAUUUGAAGUUGACGGUCAAAAUCUCUCGUGUUACUCCCAUGAUUCUGGAGACGACAAUUUAGACAAAAACGAUGAUUUUGCAGGGCCUGAACUUACAUUAGAAAGCUCUCACUUAGUGUUGGAAACAAUCGAAAGUGAACUGCUAAAUAAUAAUCAGGAGGGUUCGUCGCAUCCCGAAAUCAAAAGCCUAGAACGAGACGAACCUCAAGCAGUUUGGGUAAAGUGGAGAGGGAAAUGGCAAUCGGGUAUUAGAUGUGCGAGGGCUGAUUGGCCAUUAGCAACUUUGAAAGCGAAGCCGACUCAUGACAGGAAACAAUAUCUCGUUAUAUUUUUUCCCCGAACGAGAAAUUAUUCAUGGGCAGAUGUUUUGUUGGUCCGUCCAAUCAAUGAAUACCCGCAUCCCAUAGCAUAUAAGACACACAAAGUCGGUGCGAAGAUGGUGAAUGAUUUGACUCUUGCUCGUCGAUUUAUCAUGCAGAAGCUGGCUGUGAGCAUGCUAAAUAUUCUCGAUCAAUUGAACCGUGAGGCUUUGGAAGAGAUGUCUCGUAAUGUGAUGGUUUUAAAGGAUUUCGCAAUGGAGGCUUCUCGAUGUAAAGACUAUUCUGACCUUGGAAGGAUGCUUUCGAAACUUCAAAACAUGAUACUGCAGCGGUGCAUAACUUCAGAUUGGAUUCACCAGUCUAUGCAGAGCUGGAAGCAACGAUGUCAAGACGCAAAUAGCGCUGAAUGCAUAGAAUUGCUCAAAGAGGAAUUGACCGACUCCAUCUUGUGGAACGAGGUAAAUUUACCAUCAGGCGAAUCAGCACAGGCGGAUCUUGGAUCUGACUGGAAGAGUUGGAAACACGAGGUCAUGAAAUGGUUCUCAGUUUCGCAUCCUAUAUCAACUGCUGUGGACUCGGACCAACCGAAGAACGAUAGCCCGUUGACCACCGGACUACAGUUGACCAGGAAGAGGCCUAAGCUCGAGGUUCGCCGCCCCGAUGCACACGCCUCUAGUUCACAUCAAUCUGUUUCUGUCGAAACCGACUCAGCAUAUUUUAAUGGAUAUUCUCAGAAUCUAAAAAGUAAUCCGAUUGAGGACACUGUUGUGGGACCAUCGCCUAGUGGUGUAGUUAGUAAAUUGAGCGAUAUAUUCGUUGCGGCUGGAAAUUCGGAGCUGACUCCUCGUACUGUUGUCACUCAAAGUCACAAUCGACAGUGCGUAGCUUUUAUUGAAUCUAAAGGAAGGCAGUGUGUGAGGUACGCUAGUGAAGGAGAUGUUUACUGUUGUGUGCAUUUAUCCUCUCGUUUUGUUGCGAGUUCUGUUAAAGUUGAAGCAACUUCGUCUGUUGACUCACCGAUGUGCGGAGGUACAACGGUUCUUGGUACUAAAUGCAAGCACAGAGCUUUAGUCGGUGGUUCUUUCUGCAAGAAACACCGACCCCACGAUGGGAAAAAUACAAUAUCUCCUGUUAAUAAACUCAAAAGAAAAAUCGAGGAGAAUCUUAUGUAUACAGGGACUAGAAUCGAUGAAAGUCCUGUUCAUAUAGAUCCUCUGUUGGACGUUAGAGAAUAUUCUAUCCAAGAAAACAGCAUGAGCGAGCCACCUCAGCAAGUUCGGAGUGGUGCUGAGGUGGCGCAGUGCAUAGGAUCGUGGCCCCACGGUGGGGGCGUAGAAGAACCCUGUCUUGAAAGUCCUAAAAGGCAUUCACUAUACUGCGAGAAGCAUAUUCCGAACUGGCUUAAACGUGCGAGAAAUGGAAAGAGUAGGAUAAUUUCCAAGGAAGUGUUCAUCGAGAUUCUGAAAAAUUGUCACUCGAGGGAGCGGAAAUUGCAGUUGCAUCAAGCUUGUGAACUCUUUUACAGGCUUUUCAAAAGUGUGUUGUCUUUGAGAAAUCCUGUGCCUAAAGACGUUCAGUUUCAAUGGGCCAUUACGGAAGCUUCCAAAGAUGCUAGAGUAGGUGAUUUUUUAAUGAAAUUAGUGUCGAGUGAAAAGGAGAGGUUAAAGAAGCUAUGGGAGAUUGAAGACGGUCAAGCUAAGUCAACCGUUGAAGAAUUAGUUCCGAUUCCGGUUCAGACAACUAAUGACAUCAGCGAUAAUCAAGAAAAUGACAUAAAGUGCAAAAUAUGCUCGGAGGAGUUUCUUGAUGAUCAAGCACUCGGAACUCACUGGAUGAACAGCCAUAAGAAAGAAGCUCAAUGGUUAUUUAGGGGCUACGUUUGUGCAAUUUGCCUCGAGUCUUUUACUAAUAAGAAGGUUCUAGAAGCUCACGUGCAGGAGAGGCACCACUCGCAGUUUGUCGAGCAGUGCAUGCUUUUACAGUGUAUUCCAUGCGGCAGCCAUUUCGGUAAUCCAGACGAGUUAUGGCUGCACGUGCAAUCAAUUCAUCCUCGUAAUUUAAGGUUGUCUGAACAGAAAGAGGAGAUUUUGGCAGAACAAACGAAACCCGAAAAUCAAAAUUCGGUUAAUCGGAGAUUUAUUUGCAGGUUUUGUGGGUUGAAAUUCGAUUUGCUACCUGAUCUUGGCCGCCACCAUCAAGCUGCUCAUAUGGGAGCUCAAAACUCGACUGGCCCUCGUCUGACAAAGAAGGGUAUUCAAUUUUACGCGCGUAAACUGAAGUCGGGCAGACUAACUCGACCACGGUUUAAAAAGGGUUUAAAUUCAGCAGCAUCGUACAAAAUCAGGAAUAGAAGUGUCCAGAAUUUGAAGAAACGAAUUCAAGCAUCAAACUCUAUCGGCAGCCCGAUUGAGAUUGCGGUUCAGUCUGCUAUACCCGAGACUUCCACUCUCGGCCGACUGGCCGAUUCUCAAUGCUCGGCUAUUGCGAAAAUAUUAAUUUCGGAAAUUAAAAAAACAAAACCACGGCCGAGUAGUUCGGAAAUCUUAUCGGUUGCCACCUCAGCUUGCUGUAGGGUGAGUUUGAAAGCCUCGUUGGAAGUAAAGUACGGAACCUUGCCUGAAAGUCUGUACUUGAAAGCGGCGAAACUAUGCAGUGAGCAUAAUAUAUUAGUUCAAUGGCAUCGAGAGGGGUAUAUUUGUCCUAAAGGAUGCACAUCGAGUUUGAUGUCAACAAUUUUGUCUCCAUUAUCGGAGAAUCCAUUUAAGGCGAGAUCUUCUGUUCAGACAUCAUAUCCUAUGAAUUCGGAAUGGACAAUGGAUGAAUGUCACAUUGUUAUUGAUUCGCGACAUUUUUCAAUGGAUCUUUCCGAGAAAAAUAUUGUUUUAUGUGACGAUAUAAGUUUCGGAAAGGAAUCGGUUCCCAUUGCUUGUGUGGUGGAUGAAAACUUUUUGAAUGGACAAAUUAGUGAGUAUUCUUUCCCAUGGGAAAGCUUCACUUAUGUCACAAAGCCGUUGCUCGAUCAAUCCCUUGUUCUUGAAACAGAGAGUUUGCAAUUGGGUUGUGCUUGUGCAAAUUCGACGUGCUCCGCUGAAACAUGUGACCAUGUGUAUCUAUUUGACAACGAUUACGAAGAUGCAAAAGAUAUUUACGGAAAGCCCAUGAACGGAAGGUUUCCCUAUGAUGAGAGGGGUCGAAUUAUAUUGGAGGAGGGAUAUUUAGUUUACGAGUGCAAUCAGAGGUGCUGCUGUGGUAAAGCUUGUCGAAACAGAGUUUUGCAGAAUGGAGUGAAAGUGAAAUUGGAAAUUUUUAAAACGGAUAAAAAGGGUUGGGCUGUGAGGGCGAGACAAGCAAUUCCUCGAGGCACCUUUGUGUGCGAGUAUAUUGGGGAGGUUAUAGAUGAAACCGAAGCAAACGAGAGACGAAAUAGAUAUGAUAAAGAAGGAUGCAGAUAUUUUUACGAGAUUGAUGCCCACAUCAAUGACAUGAGUAGAUUGAUCGAAGGGCAGGUUCCUUACGUAAUUGAUGCCACUAAUUACGGAAAUGUUUCGCGUUAUGUUAAUCACAGUUGCUCGCCAAAUCUUGUGAAUCAUCAAGUUCUCGUAGAAAGCAUGGAUAGUCAGCUUGCCCACAUUGGUUUCUAUGCGAGCCGAGAUAUAGCGUUGGGAGAAGAAUUGACUUACGAUUUUCGUUACAAGCUAUUAACCGGAGAAGGAAGCCCUUGUCUAUGUGGAGCUUCUAAUUGCAGGGGAAGGCUUUAUUAACCUCCGAUUUUUGCUCUAACCUAGGUCGUCUGUGUAAUAAUGUACAUCUAAUUUUUAGUAUUAAUGUAGAUUAUAUUUUUAUUUACUUUUAAUAAAUAUUCUAAAGGAGAAGAAAUAUGUUAAGUCUAUUGGGAAGUGAUAUGAUCAAAAUGAAUUUUAUUACCUUGAA